ACAUUUCCCACAAUGCCCUGGUGCUGAGUGAGGUCACGUGGGUCGCAGACGCCGGUGUCAGCAGAGUUAGAUUGACAGCAGCGAACAGCGCAUUUAAAGUUUCGUCGUGAUUUUCUCCCUUCUCGCUGCUCCUGGACCGAACCUCAGUAUUGCUCUAAGUUGAGCGCUUUUCUGCGAUUCUGCUCCAGGCGGUAGUCAGCCAUGACUCCGCCGCCGCUGUCCGUUGGAGGAAGAGGAAGAGGAAGGAGCUGAUGAUGAGGAGGGUGAGGGUGAUGAUGACAUGCAGUUAGCUGGCUGGCUGGUGGACGGAUCGGAUCGGGACCCGGGCGGAGAGGCUCCAGCAUGCCGCGGAGGAAGCAGUCCCACCCGCAGCCGCUCAAAGUUGGGUCCAAGGCGGCGGCGCCAUCCGACCCAAGCGGCUCGGUUCUGGAGAGUGACUUCCUGCUGGACGGAGACGGAGGGACAGGCUGGACGGUGGGAGGUUUCCAUGGCGACAGGAGCUCCUCUCUUCCUGCAGCGUUGUGUCUGGAGCCCGCAGCACCAGCAGCCUCCGCCGUGCCGGCCCUGCUGUGCUGCCACGGCUGCGGACUGAGCCUCGGUGUGGGUCUGRCUUUUGGGGCGGAGCUUUACUGUCUGACCUGUGAGCAGCGGAGCUCCACCCCCCGAACMGUCAGGAGGCRGAGGUCGGCUGGUGGGAGCGGCGCCCCCUGCAGGCUGUUCUCGUGCUCGCUGUGCGCCUUCACCUCGCGCUACUCCAACCACCUGAAGCGUCACAUGACCGUCCACGAUGGCCGCAAACCGCACCGCUGCCCCAUCUGUCCCUACGCCUCGGCGCAGCUCGUCAACCUGCAGCGCCACCUGCGCACCCACACCGGGGAGAAGCCCUAUGGCUGCGCCCAGUGCAGCUACGCCUGCAGCUCCAUGGGCAACCUGCGGAGGCACCAGCGCAUGCACGYGCAGGCGGUGCCGCAGGAGGAGCAGAGGAAACCGAGGAGGAGGACAAAGGGCGGAGAAGAGCUGCCACUGGAGGACUGCUCCUACCUGCAGCCAGCAGGGAGUGCUGGUUCUGGCUCCACCCCCGGCCCUGACUCCACCCCUGGCCCUGACUCCACCCCCAGCCCUGGCCCCGACCCCCUGCCAGCAAUGCUCGUCCCGCUGUGCAGCCUGACCCUGGAUGGGGGGGCAGAGGUCCAACCUGGACAGGUGCGCCCAGCUGGGGCCCAGCGGCGGCCCAGGGCGCCCCCCCGGCGCCCGCUGCCGCCCCGCUGCCCUGCCCCGGAGAAACCCCACGGCUGCCCGCACUGCGCMUACGCCUCCUCCCACCUGGACAACCUGCGGCGCCACCUGCGGGUUCACACGGGCGAGAAGCCAUUUCGCUGCGCAUCCUGCAGUUACGCCUGCGGCAACCUGGCCAACCUGCGGCGCCACCAGCGCAUCCACUCGGGCGCCAAGCCGUUCCGCUGCGCCGUCUGCGGCCAUCGCUGCAACCAAAGCAUGAACCUGAAGCGCCACAUGCUGCGCCACACGGGCUGCAAGCCGCACGCCUGCGCCCGCUGCGGCUACGCCACCGCCCACUGGGACAACUACAAGCGCCACCAGAGGAAGCACGCCCCCGGGGGGGGCGGGGGGCCCGGGACCCCAGACGCCCCUGGAGGUCACCAUGUCAUCUCAGACGGCCAGCUGCUGUAACUUGGAACCGCUUCACCGCAAACACCGCAGUGCCUGGUCCCAACAGGAAGCCUCUUCYCAACUUCCUGCCAACUUCCUGCCUUUCCCAACAAUAUAAACAUUCUCUUAACUUGAUUUUAAAAGCUGCACACUGUUCUGCACUGAUUUAAAUAGGCUCAGGUCAGAGGUAAACUCRGGUGUGCUGCUGCACUGACUACUUGGAAACAGCGUUCAUGUUUCUACACUGAACUUCCUCUAAAUGUUGAUUUUCUGAAGAUGAUUUMUAUUUGUAUGUUUUAAUUCACUGAUGUAUUUUGUUACUGUGCUGCCUGACUUCCUGUCUGCUGAGGUCAUUUCCUGCCAAAUAGUGACCCUGCGGAUCAGUUAAUAAACUUUUAAUCAUCAGACAGUGAAGAAUGUUUGGAGCCACUUUCAGCUCAUUAAUAAAUAAACUUUACAAAUUUCAGUUUUAUUCAGUUUGAGCUUGGAAAUGUUAGCAGCUGCUUUGUUCUGUCUAAACUCCUGAAUAAAAGUAAAAAACAUU